AAAAAAGUUAAAAUAAGUACUUGCCGGAAUAGGUACCUAAAUAUUUUUCCCAGUGGUUCUAAUAUGAAAAAUCUUGUUGUUACCAGUAUGCUUAUGUGAUCAAAUUGUUUAAAGAUAUAUUAAGCAAACAAUGGUGAACUUAAAAAACGCAGUCACAGCUAACUAUUAGGAAUAAUCAUCUAAUAGAGGCCUGUGCAAUGGUAAAGUGUUGCGUGUCUGGAUGCAGAGGGGCAAAGGGAGUAACUUUAUUCAAGUUUCCUGCUAGCCGCAAGCUGCGUCGCAAAUGGGAGGAUGCUAUUAAAGCGAUCGGUCCUAAGAGCGAAGGGGAUUCUGUGUGCAGCCGUCAUUUUCUGACUUCCGAGUUGCAGCUCGUGAGAGGCAAAACCAGGCUCAAGGAGGCUGUGGUGCCGAGCGUUUUCCUAGUCGCGGGAUAUAAGAAUCAAACUACAAACAGUGUUCCCGAUGACGCCCAAUUAGAAGAUGAUACAAGAAAGCAGUCCCUUGAAAACGAUAAAUUUUCAAACAAAGAGAAAUCGCCUGAUAGAGUUAAUUCAGUAGAAAUAGAAAUAUGCCCUAAUAUUGAAGAGUUAUUAGAGGUGGAAUUAUCUACUGAUGAACAGGUCCUGCCGUUAGAAAUAGAAACAAAUUCUGAUAAAAGUAAAUUGACAGAGAAUGAAAAAUCUGAUCGCAAUGAAGAUAAUUCAUCCGAGUUAGAAGAAUCUGCUAAAAACGGCAAUGGUGGUGAAAUUAGUACCCCUAUUAAAGAAACGUCUGCCGAACAAGAAGAAACUUCUAAAAAAGUCACAUCGCAGGAUAAUGAAAAGGCGAAUUUAAACGGAAUUACUGAGAGUAAAGAGAAUAAACACGAAUAUAAGGCAAGAGAAAGUGCACAAGCUGAAAAUCUAGAUUCAGGGAAAGAUGGAAAAGAUACAAAUGGCGAUAUAUGUGAUAGCAAUGAUGUCAAAGAAGACGACAGUAUUAAAACUUUACAAACAUCGACAGAAGCCGCUAAAAGUGAUAAAGAAAAGAGUGUGGGCAGUAAAAAACUAAACAAGAAGUCCAGUAAAACCUCAACAAAUAAUAAUAAAAAAACUACACCUGAAUCUAUUGACGAACAUCAAGACAUAGAAGAGUUACUCACAGACUAUUACAUAUACCAGAACAACAUACAUACCAUCGACGAUGACGUUGAAGCCGUAGAGAAGGAAGACAAGGCUCCGAAAGGCAAAGACAAUAAAGAUGCUGAUUUACCGUGCCAUGUAGACCCUGUUUAUAUAGAAUUGCCCGUUGACAAAGAAUCGGCUGGCGAUUGCCUUAUGGUAAUGGAAAGUGUUCAAGUAGAGAUUGACCCUAGUACUUUAAUACAAGAACAAGAUUUUGAAGUCGAAAUUUCUGUCGAUUUAGAAGAGGACGAUGAAUUAGAGCAAAAGAAAGAGCCAAUAAGUCUCUUAACAUCAAGCGAUGAGGAUGACGUCAUAAUACAGGAACCUAAAAUCGACACCGUGGAAGUUUCAGAUGAAACCGAUGAAGACGACAUGCCAUUAGUGAAAUUAGUUAAAAAGAAAAAAGCUAAGAAGAAAAAGCGGUUGUCCAACCAAUCGGAUGAUAAUACUAUAGUCUGGGGUAUGUAUUACUGUGUCGAAUGCCAUUUCAGAACGACCAAUAAAAGUGAAUAUAACAGACAUAGAUUGGAACACGCGAAGCCUGUUUUGAUAAUGUGCCAAUUGUGCGGUUUCAUGACUUCAACGGAGGCCCAAUUGGCAAAACAUGAGAAGCAACAUAAAGAUUACAAGAAAUAUCAGUGCCAUCUUUGCACGUACAAAGCGAAGCACAAAAUGAGUUUGGUGUAUCAUCUCAAGUCGCAUAAUGUGAAAAACAGUUAUAAGUGUAAUAAGUGCAGUUACAAGUCCACCGAAGAGAGGGAAGCGUUAAGACAUAUAGUGUUGUGCAAAGGUGUUGACGGGAAGAAGUAUUGUUGUAAUAAGUGUGAUUAUAGAACGAAGAAGCCUUCGGAUCUACGGAGGCAUACGAUGAGAAAGCACAAGUAUAGUGAUGAUGAUGAAGACGAUGAUGAUGAGUAUGUGCCGUGAGUGUUUUUUUUGUAAAUUUCUAGUUAGUACUUUGACUGAAGUUGUGAAAUUUGAACCGACAAAUUAGAAAUUAUAUUAAAUAUGAACUGCGUUGAAAAGUGGUGCCACAGUUAAAAUUGCAAACAACACGUUGAAGCAACAACAGUAAGAAAAUUUUAACGUCUCUUCGCUACAAAAUUUUUGCAUUGAACAAGAUUAUCAACUUAAAAAAAAAUUAAGCAGUAUCGAGUCUGGAACAUAGAGGUAUAAGAAUAGAGUAGGGGAGGUACAGACUCUACUACAAGUGGAAGUGUGCCUCUAAUAGAAAGAGAAAGAAGAGGAGACACCGCUAGCUUUCUUUCUCUUAUUGCGUUUGCGCAUUGGCAACCGUAAGCAUCUAACUGUAUCGCAUGUCACAAACAAAAGGGUAUUAUCUUCAAAAACAGUGUUUUGAGAUAUCGCGUUUUGAAGUUUUAAACAAUCAUAGAAGCGGAACUACUUGUUCAAAUGUUUUGAUUUAAACGUACAUUAUCCUUCUUUGUGUUGAGUAAGGUUAGUUAGUGUAUCAAUAGUAGUUUUUAUUUUAAAAGUACUUUUAUGUAACUGGGUAAAGAGAUUACCCUAUAAGCAGUUCAAAUGGCUCAUGUUCGAAUUACAACUAGUAUCAUUUUAAAAUAAUUUCGAUGAAAAUAACACAUUAAAUAAAAUUGAACAGGCCGGAGGGUAUUAUUUUAAAUAAAACUUCAAACUUGUAUUAAUCCGAACUGGCAAUAGGGUAUUAACUUAACUUAAUACUGUUUAGAAUACUCACAAUCAUAAAUUUUGCCUAGAAAUUGACGACAUGUGUUGCUAUAAUUCAAAGAUUAUUUCGAAUUAAAAUACAAUUAUCUUACCAGUUUAUAGAGAAAAGAAUGUAGUUUUCGAAACGUUAAUAAAAAAAAUUGUGUGUGUCAGCUCCGACGCACGACUGGAGUUUACUCCUUAAGUUCGAUAGUCUAACCAGACGCAAAAAGAGUUUAUUUAACUUAAAAAAGGUUGAUAAUUUAAGAAAACAAAUUAAUGAAAAUAAUAUACUUAAAUAAAUAUAUAUUUAUUCAUUUCAUAUACAUUUAUUAUAACUAAUCGACGAAAUAUUUUACAUUAAACUUUUUAUUUUUACAAUAGUCAAUUUCAGAUGUGCAUAAAUAUAUCAUUAGGAAUGUUGUUAAAUUAUGUAAUUAUUAUUAUCAGACUAUUAUCAUUUUUUUAAAUAUUAAUUAAAUCAACAUUGUCAGCAUUAUUAAUUACAGUGACAAGUGGUUUAUGGUAACUAUAAUAAGACACAUGGACGUUCGUAGAUACGUGGUUCACGAAUCUUGAAAAUACCUACAUACCUCGUUGUCCCCAUUGCUCUAUCAGAAACAAUAUCUAAAUUCAGUUCAGAUUUUAAAAUUUUUAUUAAUGUCAAUCCGUCAUCUUUGUUUGUCAAAGUUGCGCGACAUAGGAUGCGCACCAAAAACGUAACGAGGUCAUUCAUCAAUAGAUUUCACUCCUCACAUUUUUCUCAUACCGGGCCCCUUAUAUAUGCAAAUCUAUUCUUAAGGAGUAAACUCCACAAAAUAAAUGGUUUUGCCGACUUAAUACCCUAUUGUUUGUGACGUGCGAUAUUUCGAUGUGAUGCCAUUGGAUGGCAUGCGUCACAAGAGAGGGAUUUUGCUAGCCGUCUCUCAUCUUCUUUCUCUUUCUACUAGUCGGACACUUAGAGCCGCCAUCCCCACUCUAUUCUUAUACCUCUAUGGUCUCGAAACAUGUUUCAGUAGUCUUUGUUAGAGAAUAAUGUGCCAUAUAAUUUCUGAUCCGUUGCUUUGAACUGAAAAAGAAAGGAUGUUGACUUAAUGGUUGUGUGAAAAUUCGAGUAUAUUAUAAUAUGGUGAUGCUGAUGUCGUCUUUGCAGCUCAAACUGUUUAUAGAACUAGACUAGAUUUGCUCUAUGGACACUUUGCUAUUUAUUUUACGGAUCUUCCAUGACUAC